UGGCCUGCCUCUGCACGAGCAGUGCGUUCCAUUUCAAUCGGAAGACCGCUAAGGCAGUUGGCAUAUUCGCUCAGCUCUUCAGAGGCUUCACUUCUAUCCUCCAGUGACUAUGGCCAGCAAGCGAGGGAAGACAGCUGAAAAGCCUUACACCACCACCAGGACCACCAGGACUGGUAUGGGUACCACCACCAGGUCUGCCAGGGCGGACCAGCCUCGGAGGUACAGACUGUCGCCACAGCGGUCACCUUCUGUGACACGAGGUGCCGCAACAACGCGUGCCAUUUCAAGACAAACGACAAAGACACAGGCUCUCACCGAAGUAGACGUCGACGACAGGGAUACCCGAAGGAAGCAGGCUGCGUCUCUUAAGAAGGCUAUAAAGGAGGUACCCGAAGCCGAGGCGCCACUCCGAGCCCUCUACCCGGACGCGGCUGUCACCGGGGUACUACCAGGUGACACGGUAGCGACGACGGCCGAAGAGGACACGAGCGAGGAGGUCGAAGAAAAGGAGCACCAGGAGGCGCCCCAGUCCUUGCAGAUGGUUUUCUACAUCGGCCUCCUGUUCAUGUUGGCCGUGUGCUGCGCCCUACUUAUCGCGUUCCUGACAUCUAUGGGCAAGGACGAAACGGAAAGCAUCGCCGAUACCACUGGACCUCAUGGUGGAAGUGGAAGUGGAGGGUCUGGCGGAGGUGGUCACGGACAACCCGCAACGACUACGGACGAGGCCAUUCACCACUACGAGCCCGACGGCACUGGAAACUCUGACGGGCGCACGGACGUGGUGUGCAUCGUAAGAACCUUGCCUGAGAACAGCGGCCGGUGGUACGGCAACAAUUUCCCCUACCAAUACUGCACCCAAGUUGUGUUCUGCUGCGGUACGCUCGACCAGAGACUACAGGGAACUCAAGAAAUGGAGCGGAUGGCGUUCUUGGCGAGGGAACACGUCAACGUGACAGCGGUAGGAAUACUCAUCGAUGAAUCGUAUGGAAUGGUUCCCACGAUGUAUGGCCUCGAGGAAGCCCUCCGUGAUCCGCAUGAUUUUGUCAACAUUAUGAAGACUUUCACCGACAAGUACAAGUACGAUCGCGUCUACUAUCUCUACCGACAUCCUCACAAUUACACGCACGUCAUGGCCCAGGGUCUGAAGAGGCUCAAGGAGGAAUUGCAUGCGCGUGUUGGCAUCACCCAGGGCAUGGCCGGCCUCAUAGUACCUCAUGGAAUGGACCCUUACCCACUGAACAGUAUCGGACCUCUUCUAGAGGAACAUUCAUUCUUGCUGCUACAAGCGUACAGAGAGACGACUUUGGCAACGAUGUUCUACAGCAAGUUCACAAUCGACCUCAUCGAGGCAUACGUGAAGGGGCACGGCGGGAAGGAAUACCAUUCCAUGAGAUCCCGAAUAUGCGUCAUGCUCACUCCGGGAGUGGACAGGUACAAAAUGUUCGACGCACGCAGUGUCGACAACAUUUCGCAGGACGCUUUCAACAUGCAGUUCCCAAUAGACAAAGAGAAGGACGAGAGUCCGUGCCAGGACUACUCGUGCGAAAGAAAAACGACCCCUUUCUUCGAAGGGUCACUUUGUCAAGUCCUUGAGCAUUGGUUUUUUACUAUCCACGUUCGACGCUAUCAUGUUCACAACUUCUUGUGCGAGAUAUGGCGAAGGACAAAGAUAACAUGUUUCGGCGUAUCGAGGUCGGAGACUGACGACGUCGACAACGAUUGUAAUAGCGGCAGAUACCCGACCCUGAGGGCCGUCUACGACUGGCAUCCCGGUGUGUGCGUCUCGGAUGUUUGCAAGAACAGUGCGAGGACGGGAUUUCCGUGCUAAAAGACGUGUUAGGGUCAUUCAGCUUCUUAAGGGGACUGCAGCUGGCAAGUUUUGACAUUGAUUAAAUGUUUACCAUAGUC